CUCAGUCGCGUCUCUCUCGCUCACUGGGGAGCCCCGCGGUGGCGGUGCCUUCGGAGCCGGAGCCGCGCGUCCGCCCGCUGGCCAGAGGGAGGUCGCCUGGACUGACGGCCGCGCCGACAGACCGACGGACGCGGGCAGCUGGACGGCCGCCCGCCGGGAGUUCCGCCAUGAGCUGGGGCACGGAGCUGUGGGAUCAGUUCGACAGUUUAGACAAACAUACACAGUGGGGAAUUGACUUCUUGGAAAGAUAUGCCAAAUUUGUAAAAGAGAGGAUAGAAAUUGAACAGAAUUAUGCAAAACAAUUGAGAAAUCUGGUUAAGAAGUACUGUCCCAAACGUUCCUCCAAAGAUGAAGAGCCAAGGUUUACCUCGUGUAUAGCCUUUUUGAACAUCCUUAACGAGUUAAAUGACUAUGCAGGCCAGCGAGAAGUCGUGGCAGAAGAAAUGGCACACAGAGUUUAUGGUGAAUUAAUGAGAUAUGCUCAUGAUCUGAAAACUGAAAGAAAAAUGCAUCUUCAAGAGGGACGAAAAGCUCAACAGUACCUUGACAUGUGCUGGAAACAGAUGGAUAAUAGUAAAAAGAAAUUUGAAAGAGAAUGCAGAGAGGCAGAAAAAGCACAACAGAGUUAUGAAAGAUUGGAUAAUGAUACUAAUGCAACCAAAGCAGAUGUUGAAAAGGCUAAACAACAGUUGAAUCUGCGUACACAUAUGGCUGAUGAAAAUAAAAAUGAAUAUGCUGCACAAUUACAAAACUUCAAUGGAGAACAACACAAACAUUUCUAUGUGGUGAUUCCUCAGAUUUACAAGCAACUACAAGAAAUGGAUGAACGAAGAACUAUUAAACUCAGUGAAUGUUACAGAGGAUUUGCAGACUCAGAACGUAAAGUUAUUCCUAUCAUUUCAAAAUGUUUGGAAGGAAUGAUUCUUGCAGCAAAAUCAGUUGAUGAAAGAAGAGACUCUCAAAUGGUGGUAGAUUCCUUCAAAUCUGGAUUUGAACCUCCAGGAGACUUUCCAUUUGAAGAUUACAGUCAGCAUAUUUACAGAACCAUUUCUGAUGGAACUAUCAGUGCGUCCAAACAGGAGAGUGGGAAAGUGGAUGCCAAAACCACAGUUGGAAAGGCCAAGGGCAAAUUGUGGCUCUUUGGAAAGAAACCAAAGGGCCCAGCACUGGAGGAUUUCAGUCAUCUGCCACCAGAACAGAGACGUAAAAAGCUACAGCAACGCAUUGAUGAACUUAACAGAGAACUACAAAAAGAAUCAGACCAAAAAGAAGCACUAAACAAAAUGAAAGAUGUGUAUGAGAAAAAUCCACAAAUGGGGGACCCAGGGAGUUUGCAGCCUAAAUUAGCAGAGACUAUGAAUAACAUUGACCGCCUGAGAAUGGAAAUCCACAAGAAUGAGGCUUGGCUCUCUGAAGUUGAAGGCAAAACGGGUGGGAGAGGAGACAGAAGACAUAGCAGUGACAUAAAUCAUCUUGUAACACAAGGACGAGAAAGCCCUGAGGGAAGUUACACUGAUGAUGCAAACCAAGAGGUCCGUGGGCCACCUCAACAGCAUAGUCACCACAAUGAGUUUGAUGAUGAAUUUGAAGAUGAUGAUCCUUUGCCUGCUAUUGGACACUGCAAGGCUAUAUACCCUUUUGAUGGACAUAAUGAAGGCACUCUGGCAAUGAAGGAAGGUGAAGUUCUAUACAUUAUUGAGGAGGACAAAGGUGAUGGGUGGACAAGAGCUCGGAGACAGAAUGGUGAAGAAGGCUACGUUCCCACGUCAUACAUAGAUGUAACUCUAGAGAAAAACAGUAAAGGUGCAGUAACUUACAUCUAAACUAACCAGGCAACUUUGUGACUUGUAUGAAAUAGGAAUGAUAACUUACAAUUAAAACACAUUCAACGGGUAGAGAAACAUAAGAAAACUUAAAGAGCACCCAAGAUUUAUUGUUCACUAUGUGAGCUGAGUGUAGGCUUGAUCUUAGAGAUGUGAGUAGUACCACAAGAAACUGUUGUCUUGAUGCUUUACCAUUUUGAGUGAUGUUGGUGUGAAGCUUAAUUGAUGCCUUUUGCUCUAUGUCCUUGCUUAAGUCUGUGUGACAAAUUUGUGUUUUUCUGCCUUAUAAGUCAUAGAAUUUGAUCUAUUGGGCAGAAAUCCAUAGAUAAAUUCCCUGCCUCUUGCUGCAUCCCCCACCACAACCAUUUUGCUUCAAAAAAUAGUGAUUAUAGUGAAUUCAAAUAAGUAAAACUGCUCUGAAAUGCUGUAGGAAGCUGGCUCCCCAAAGAGCAGUUUGGUGUAGGAGUUUUAGUAGUAGCUGCAAUUUCCAGGAAGGAAAGUAAUAGUUGGCUAAUUGGAAAAAAUAAGAAAAUAAUCGUUUCAUCUUCCUCCCUAUACUUAACUUUGGUUUCUUAAAGGAAGAAGACAAGUGCCUAGUACAUAAAUAAUCUGUAUAAGUGGUAGAUUAGUCAAGAGUUCUGCAAAAUCAACCUAGUCUAGUUUUUAUGUGAGUAAGGCACCUUUUUUAUGAGACCAGAAAGUAUUUUUAGGAUAGUGAUUUUCAAUAGCAUAUAAGCUUCUUUCCAAAUUAAUGCCUUUGUUUUUAUCUUGAAAAUCUUUUGGGAAAUAAUACUUCAGCCGCUAUUUAGCAUUUGUACAUAGGAAGUAGAUUCUAAAUAAACUAAGAGAAAUCUAGAAUGUAGGAAAAGUACUGGCAGAUUUUACUUUGAGCAGAAAAAAAAUCGACUUCUGUGAUUGACUGGGCAGGAGGAACAUAUAUCUACUACCACUUAGGGUACGUCCUCAUUUUUACUGAAUAACCAAUUAUCAGGAAAGCAUUCUUUCCAGUUAAUUUUAAUGAGCAUUUGUUGGAAAUAUAUACAAUCAAUAAUUGUGCAGUGCCAGUUGUAUGGGAAAGUGAGAAAGCAAUUAAGAGACUGGCCUCUAAUUUUGCUGUUGUUCCAAGUUUUUCUGGUAUUUUCAAUGACUAACAGUAAAAAAUGAUUUUAGAGACUUGGGAUGGACACUUUAAACUGAACACCACUUUUGGUGUUACCAAAGGUCUUCAGUAAUUGUUCUUUUCUUUUUCCUCCUGGACUACAGGUUCCUGAAGAGGGUUUCUGAGGAAAUGGGCAAGAUGUUGAAGGAGGUUACAUGCAGCUGCUUUUAGGGGGAGGGUAUAGAGUUGUCAGGCUCAAACAGAGUGAGAGAAGCAAGUUGCAUGAGUGCAUGCAGACAUGAUUAUUUUUUUACUAACUUCAUUAGCAUUUCCAUACAUUGUUUUAAAAAAAUCAUAAUACAAAUCCUUAAUUUUCUCAUUCACAUUUAUUCACAUGAAGGAAAAAAAGCCAACAGUGGCUAACCCUUUUUCCAUUUACUGAUGUCCGAAUCAGAAAGAAUGCAGAGCUGUCAUUAAAUUUGUUUUACAUUUGAUGGUCUGAACAGAACUGUCUCCAUCUCAGCUCUGUUUUAAUUGGCUUUUAGACCCAUUGUGUGUUAGAAUCCUUACCAUUACCAUUUGUCAGUGUCUGCCUGCGCCACCUCUGUGCUUGCUUAACAUCCUGUUGCAUGUGUAGAAUGAUUGGGCUAGAUUUUUCAGGCAUGUCUUUAUAAUCCCUUGUUCCUGUCAAAGCCUUUGUUUUGUUUUACAUUUGUAGUGCAGAUUACUUUGUCAAACAUUUUCAGCACUAAUGUUUCCAUCCUAGUAUUCAUGUAUGCUGCUAUAACUUCCCCACUACAAAACAUUCCAGUUUUGGCAUUAUGAAGAAGUAGUUUGUGAACUUGAAGUAUUUAUGAUAAGAAAAAGAAAACACCUCUGCUCUAGUCUACAGCCCAGUUGAAAGAACUCUUUGAAAUGUGAUACAUCUUCAGCACCUCAGUCUGGGAAGAAUCUAUAGUCAGCACUGAAAUCCUGGCAUAAUAAACACAGAAGAUACUCACCACCUCAAGACAAAGGACUGUUGUCAAAAGUCAGCUGCUUCCAUUCAAAUGCUGCCUUAAACUAGAGUGCCUAAAUCUGUUGAUUGCCAACACUACCACUACAGUAUCCCACAAAGGGCUUUAUGUGUCAGCUCAGUGCGACCUCCUUUAACUUGGCAGUGCUGCUGCAGCUGCCGAUGUAGCCUCGGUAGGUGGCUUUUAGAGCUCUACCAUGUAUGAUGGUGCAUCUUCAAAUUUAUGCAUCAAACUAUAAAGACAUGUCUGAGUUCAUUUUACUUCGUGUUUUUAUGGGAAAUUUUAUGGACCCUCUCUCUUCCCCCCCACCCCCGCCAUUGUCUUCUAAUUUGGGGUUACCAUGUUCUCAUUUGAUUAUUACAAUAGUAGUCUGUUUCCAAGUAAUGCUUUUGUUUGAACCAGUUAAAAUUUAGUGAAACUUUGUAAUGAUCUUCGUGCACUUUUACUUGUAAAAUGGAAAUUUCUGUAUGUUUAUACUUGUAAAUAUAAUUGUCCUUAGUGCCCCUAUUGCUCAUGUCCUGCCUCACAUUUGUGAUUCUGUUAAUGACUUGUAUCUUAACUAAUUUCUUAGUGGUGUUUAAUAGGGAGAGAUGGGUGGGGGGUGGGGGGAAUUUGUACCAUGGAAUCUUCACUAAUUUGGUUCUUUACUGUUUUGAGAGGAGAAAGAGAAUGUGAAGUGGUCUGUGUAUUAUUGGAUUUUAAGCAAUAUUUUAGCUGCCGUGUGACCGCUUGACUAAAUUUUUCCCAGUGUUAUUUGAAUCAUGCUACCAUUUAUACUAAAGCUGAAUGACAAUUGUGUGAAAGUUAAUGCCUUCAUAAGAUCGAGUAUGCCCCUGUUACACAGCUGAUAUGUAGUGUGUUGCCUUUGAGGCUAGUAAACUGUAAAGUUUAGGUUUUGAAUCUCGUUACAGGGUUAUUUAUAUAAUGUGACAUUAUUCAGUACUGACAGACUACAUAAAGUAGUUUUAAAAUCUAGUGCUAUUUUUAUUUUAAAGGUUAGCAAUGAGGAGGAAAUGUCAUCUGGCUGUGUUUGUCUUCUGUACAAAACCUGAAGUGCUUCUGUUUUUUUGGCUAACAGCCACAGACACAGAGGGCAAAGUUUAAGGCUUUCUUGUAAGGACUAACUGUUCUUUUCAAGCUACUGUUUGUUUUUCUAAAAGCAGGAUUUGCUUCCGUAGGAGGCAAGUUCCUUCAUGUGGAAUAGUGCAACCUGUAUAUGGGUUAUUACAAUAGGAAAGACAUUUGUACUUGCACAGUUUAAAUCAUUCUUAAAUUUUGAACAUGUGAAUUGUCCAAAAGAAAUCUUUAAUUUUUCAGUAAUUUUUACUCUUUGUGCACAUUUGAUUUCUUAAUGGUAAAUGCUUUGUUUAAGAUAGUGUUCUCUGUUGAGAAUAUUUUCAUGGAAUAAAAUAGUCUUUUCAUGGUCAGUUAA